AUGUCUGCGCCCACGGAUAUCACGUUGUUUCAAGAAGCUGUUGGAUCGGUUUUAAAUGGAUGGACAGUUUUGCAGCUUGCUGUGGAAUAUGGCUUUGGUGGCUAUCAAAGCAAAGAAAAAGCUGCAUGGAUGAGUUAUGCCAUUGAUAAAUGGUUCUCAGAAAAUGCUAAUCUUGAUGCAUAUGAAGUUGAAGAUUACCUGAGUGAAGUGCUUAACACAGAAUUUGACACAAUUGCUGACGAUGGCAGUCUCCCUGAUAUAGCAAAGGAGAUCUGUACAAUGUACCAGUUGUGUCAGGCUGGCAAAAAGGAAGAAGUUCGGCAAAAGAUUCAGUCAAUGCCCAAAGCCCAAGUCGAUAAAUCACAAAGAGCCAACAGCGAGGAGCAAGAAAUUGGGGGACCAGAACACCCAGAUGCUCUGAACUCUUCUCAAACUCCUCAAAUGAUUAUUGAUGAAAAUAUGACAGAAGAAACAAACACAACUACCAUUUCAACAGGCGAUGCUGAAAUGGAGGAGGAAGAGGAUGGCUGGAAAGUUGUGACAAAAGGCCGAUCCAAAAAAAACUGUGACUAA